GAUGACAACCAUGAUGAUGACGUCCCCCUGUUUGAUGCAGAGCAGGAUAGUCAAAGAAGACUCAAAUCAAGUAAUUUGGUUCAGCAUUGUACUCAGUGGCUCAGCCAGAAAAUUGUACAAUGCAAUGGCUCUCAACCCUUAAUACAAGCCACAGACCCAUUCAACUUAACUGUAUUUGCUGAGAAAAACGUGAAAUGUUUAUGUUCAUACCAUGUUUUCCAGGCAUCCAGUGGCCUUCUUCCACCUGUUCCUCAGAGUGAGUGCUAUCUUGGUGUACCUGCUCUGUGAGCUCCUCAGCAGUAGCUUCAUUGCCUGUAUGGUCACCAUCAUCAUCUUCCUGUCAGCUGACUUCUGGACCGUUAAGGUAAGCCCUAAAGAGUAAUAGAACAAAACACCAAUAGAAUAGUAAUAGAAAAGAAUAGUAAUAUAACAGCAAUAGAACCGCAAUAGAAGACCAAUAGAAUAUCAGUAUAACAAGUGUAAAUAUUGUCAACCCUCUGUCUCUUUGGUUUUAAGUAAGUGACCUAAUGAUGUAUUGACUCCUCUACCAUAUUUCAGAACAUCACUGGGCGGUUGAUGGUGGGCCUGAGGUGGUGGAACCAGGUGGAUAACAAUGGAAAAAGCCACUGGGUGUGUUUGAGUCCAGAAAGGUAGAUCACACACAUCCCAGUCCUUCUGGUAACUAAAUGCAGUAACUAAAUGCCCUCCACUGAACUACCUUCUUCUGUAGGGGUAAAACCUAGUUCCAUAGGCUGUAUCAACUUUGGAUUUUGGUGUCAUUACAAAGCCUAUUAGUUAGUAAUAUCUGACUCCAUCUAUUGUAUAUACAUGUGGUCUCUCCCAAUCUUGAGGUGUACUUUCUUUUGGAUACACUCAAAGCAUUAUAACCCUCAAUCCUAGAAUUUACCCAAUACUUACUUGGUCAACAAGCAAGUUGGCAUCCACAGAUGUGAGAAUAACCUCUCUUUCCCAUCAGCCUCGGGGGAAUUCGAAGCAGCUGGUGUCAGAGGAUCUUCUGGUUGGGCCUGGUCAUGUGUCCAGUCAUCUGGGUCUUCUGGUUGGGCCUGGUCAUGUGUCCAGUCAUCUGGGUCUUCUUUGUCUUCAGCACACUCUUCUCCUUCAAGGUCAAAUGGCUGGUUAGUCAAAUCCAGUCCAUUUUAUUUUAAAGUGAAUUUCAAUUGGGUGUCAACACACAGCUUGACUUAAUUGUUAGUUCUUAGCUUUGCCAGUUUUCUCUCAAUUUGUGGAGAUUGCUUCAUUGUCAAACUGUGUAAGGCAUCCCUGCUCACAUUCCUCAUCAACACCCUCUUCUUUCAAGAUGAAGUGGGCUGGUUCAUUUUUAGCUUUGCCAGUGCUCUCUCACUAUGAUGGUGUUGCACCGAUGUCAGCCAUAAAGGCCCUGUUCUUAUAAUCUCAUACCUCUCUCCUCCACCCAGGCCGUGGUCAUCAUGGGCGUUGUGCUACAGGGGGCUAACCUGUAUGGAUGUGUUCGCUGUAAAGUGGGCGGUUUGAAGAACAUGGCUACUAACUAUUUUGGACGGCAGUUUCUUAAACUGGUAACUUUUCGAAUGCAUAGUCUGCGUCCCGAUUCUCCAUCCAUUUCCAGAAGUGUUCACUUGAAAUCUCCCUGACACACUUCGGAAGAAGGAUGGACAAUUGAGAUGCAAAUGUCCUGAAAUGGACAAGAAUUGUCUGUAUUUAUUUAAAUCAGGAUUUUGUGUGCAUAUCUAAUGUUGUGUUUUUGUUUUGUGUGUUUUCUCUCUGACAGGCAAUGACUAAACAAGAAGAGUCAUAG